AUGCCUGUCGAGUCGCACACGUUUUGUGCCCAGAUCUGCACCGAACUUCUCUACCAGCCCCUCACCCUCCUCGAUUGUUUGCAUACCUUCUGCGGUUCCUGCUUGAAGGAAUGGUUCUCUGCGCAAGGCUCACGCCGCCAUCCCUCACCCCGAUUUACAUGCCCAUCAUGUCGAGCCGAGGUACGGGGCACUCGCCCUAAUGCUACUGUCACCACUUUAUUGGACAUGGUGCUUCUGGCUCAGCCCGACCAAGCAAGAUCAGCGGAAGAGAAGGAGGAGAUCGCACAAAGAUAUAAGCACGGGGACUCGGUCUUCCCUCCACCACGCGAGGACAACGAAAGCGAAGGCGAUGAGGAUGAUAGACGGGUAUUGGAAGAGGUCCGCGAAUUAAGUCUUCGAGAAAAUCGGGCGCAGGCGCGGCGCGAAGCCCGCCGGACAGGACAUGGAGAGGAUGGUCGCUCGAGACGGCGGCGUGAGGAAGACCCAGAGCGGCUGCGACGCCCGUCACGAAACUCAGAUGCAGAGCGCACAAGGCGGAUCGAGCACCAAUCUAGUUUGCGCUCACUCUUGAGCCUCUCAUCGGAAGCCGAGAACAUGGAAGAGGAAAUCAUGCGGCAGAUCAUAGAAGAAGGCUUGCUGGAUGACAUCAACCUAGACAAUCUCGGCCCUUCACAGGAGGAGGAACUUAGCGAACGCAUUGCGGAUGCAUAUCGCCGGAGGCAUAUGCAACAACCGCGUCCCCGCCCGGAGCAAAGAAGAAGACAGUCGCCCGAUGAGAGUGGCCAUACUCGCCCGCGAUCUCUGUCUGCAAGGGAAUCCAACGAAGUGGCUACGACAACUCGAGACAAUAAUGACCGGCGACCACCUAUAUCAAGACCUCAUCUACUCGACUCAAACACAUCCCGCCCUACUGGAGGACAUCGGCGACGAAAUUCUGAACAAGGUAGAACACAACGGGCUACUUCACCCAUUCGCGUCAACCAGGCAUCGACCUCCGACGACACUCUACGGCCUGCAGUUCGGUCUUCCAGCGAUAUGACCUCCGAGCGUACGCGCGGGGCUUUGGGCCAUUCAAUAGCAGAGUCGUCUAGCAGAACCCGACGGGCAACAGAUUCUGACAACAACAUUUCGGAGACAUGGAUGGGCGGAGGGCGAGAAAGGGCCUCGUCCAGAAAUGUCACCAGUCAAUCUGCAUCCGAUUCCCCUUCCUCGGUCCAUUCACCCUCCAAUUUAUCACACAGCUCCACUCCGACUGAGCGCUCGGCCCCAAUGCUAUCCUCGCCACUUGUACCACCCCGGAGUGAAAGACGACCUAGAACAUCUCGAACACAGUAUCCCGAGCCGUCGAUCUCGUGUGACGCAUGUAGUAGGCCGGAUAUUCAGUAUGAGCUACAUAAAAGAUGCCCGACGUGCAAAAACGGCAGCUACCACCUCUGUCUUCGAUGUUAUCGUUCCAGCCGGGGCUGUCUUCAAUGGAACGGCUUCCAAAAAAGUGCGCAGGCGGCCUUUGAACGGAUGCUUGCAUCAUCAAACAACCGACCAGCCCCGGCCUCUGAUGCGGGCCACCUUCUCGUUUCCCAAAAAUACGAAAAGCCUCGAGAAUCGUUCCAAGUGGUGACAAACGGAGACAGAAUUUUGACGAACGAUAACCCUGCGCGACGUUUGCAAGCUGGGCUAUUCUGCGACAUAUGUUCCUCCUCGGCAAACGAAUGUUUCUGGAAGUGUAGUCAAUGCAACGAAGGAGACUGGGGCUUUUGCAAUCAUUGUGUGAAUCAAGGCCGGUGCUGCACAGAUCCCCUGUUACCCAUUCGGCGGGUUUCCGGAAGCCCAGACUCAUCUACCACGACGAGUUCGACCGAAGUGGCGACCUCGACAUCACCAACCUCACUUGCAGAGAGCUUCAAAAUCCUGUCAUUCUCCACCAACUGCGACAUCUGCACCUACCCGAUUCCGGCCUCGGUGACGCGUUUUCAUUGCUCACAGUGCAAUGAUGGAGACUAUGAUGUCUGCACAAACUGUUAUCGCAAACUCGUCAUGACCUCGAAGAUUACCAAAGACAAUGGAUACAAUGGGUGGCGUCUUUGCCUAAAGGGUCAUCGGAUGAUCAUCGUAGGAUUCGAGGAUGGGCAAGAUGGACAAAGACGAAAGAUUGUCCAAGACCUGGUUGGAGGACACGCUUUAAAGGAGGAACAUAUGAAUCGCUGGCCUGCGUCAUCUCCUAUUACCAGCGGACCUAAUGCAUCCCCGGAACUUGGCAGUGGCCAUUGGAGCUGGAAGGAAUCUCAAGGCCAAGAACGUCGCAAGAAAGCUUCACGUGUGCGAAGCCCCGUCUCCCAAAACGGCAGCUAUACAUAUUCUCAUUCAGAUACCGCGGGUCAAACCAACGGUACGCCUACAUCGCAGUACGCUCCUCCUCUCCGUCGUUUCCCUCCGGAUGGAGGGGUCGGUCUCGUCGUUUAUGCUAUGUGGUCUUGUUAUCCCGAAGAAGGGAUUGAUGAUGAAUUGGUGUUCCCGCGUGGUGCUCAUAUAAAGGAGGUAGAGAACAUCAAUGAUGACUGGUUUUGGGGAUGUUAUGCUGGCCGAACGGGACUGUUUCCUGGCUCAAUGGUUACUGUGGUCGGGGAGAUUAAAUGA